UUAAACUAUUUCUUUCUUUGUGCGCAUUUUUUUUUUGAUACUAUGACUUUUGGUGCUAUGACUGAGUGACAUACCAGGCCAGAUGUACAAAGCUGAUGACCAGACAUUUGUCUCAGCAUAUUUCAAAGGAAGACAUGGCUUUUUUUUUUUUCUUUCCCCCUGGGGUGGUUUUAUUUUUGAGCGGCGAAUGAUGUGUAUGUGGUUGGUCACUCAUGUCAUCAUACGUUGCCAGGUUUCACACGGCUUUUCCAAUUCCCUGUAUUUGGACCCAGGUGCGUAGGUGAGAGAAGGACUUGGAGGAGUUUGUCAUGGAUAUUUCACUAGCCCAGGUCUUGCAUCAUCACCACCCUUUUAAAAUAUAUCCUCAGCUCUUACUUCGAUCACGUUCCAGUGAUCGUGACCCCACAUAGACUCCAUGUGCAACAAGCAUGUGUGUGUGUGUGUGUGUGUGUGUGUGUGUUUUGGGGAUGUUGCAAAUCCAUGUCUCCUUUGUAAAUAUGCUGUGAACUAUCAGAGCCAGCUUGGUGGAAUGGAAAAGAAGGCUAGCCAGGAAAAAGCACCCAGCAGCCAAAAUUAAAAAGGGUCACGUAGGUUUAUUUUAGGUAGGGAAGCAUUCCUAGCGUUUGUAAUUGAAGGAAGGAAAAGGGGGAAGGGGAGGAAAAAAAAACACCCCAACAACCCUGUGUACAUUAAUUAUUAUUAGGUUAUGUGGUGUGUGCAGAUUCGCCCUUCUUCUUCUUGGAGAAUUCCAGCGUAAGUCCAAAAGCCACCAAAGGAGGCACCUCAGGUUUCAGCUCAUAAUUGUGGUUUUGAUGGUAUGGUUUUGUUGAAAUUGUCUUGUUGGAAUCUUUGCACUCCAGGUUAGUCAUAACUGUACAUGUUUUGAAAUGUGUGCUGUGCAGGCUCAAAGUAAAACCCCUGAGCUCACUGUUAAACAGAAGGGCUUCUCUGCAUCUACUCUAACUCCCUGGCAUUUAUGCUUAAGUUGUGGCAGCACAGAGGCAGCGAGCUCUCGCCAUCAUGUGCCGCGUCUACGUGGGUUCCAUCUAUUACGAGCUCGGCGAGGACACCAUCCGGCAGGCUUUCGCCCCGUUCGGCCCGAUCAAGAGCAUCGACAUGUCCUGGGACUCUGUCACCAUGAAACACAAGGGCUUUGCCUUUGUGGAGUACGAGGUCCCUGAGGCUGCUCAGCUGGCUCUGGAGCAGAUGAACUCUGUCAUGCUGGGUGGAAGGAACAUUAAGGUGGGGCGGCCAGGUAACAUCGGACAGGCGCAGCCCAUCAUUGACCAGCUGGCAGAGGAGGCGCGCGCAUACAAUCGCAUCUAUGUAGCCUCGGUGCAUCCGGACCUGUCAGACGACGACAUCAAGAGCGUCUUUGAGGCCUUCGGCAAGAUUAAAGCUUGCAUGCUUGCCCGAGAGCACACCACAGGGAAGCACAAAGGCUACUGCUUCAUCGAAUAUGAAAAGCCUCAGUCAGCAAUAGACGCCGUGUCCUCCAUGAACCUGUUUGACCUGGGAGGUCAGUACCUGAGGGUUGGAAAGGCUGUGACCCCUCCCAUGCCCCUGCUGACCCCGACGACCCCUGGAGGUUUGCCACCUGCUGCGGCCGUGGCUGCUGCCGCCGCCACUGCUAAAAUCACAGCCCAGGAGGCUGUCGCAGGGGCAUCCGUACUGGGCUCCUUGGCAUCUCCGGCUCAGCUCCUCAACCAACAAAUGGGACUCCCUCAGGCUGUGCUGGCAGCCCAGGCCCCAGGCUUAAUCACAGGUGUCACUCCUGUUCGGCCGACUAUGCCCGUGGUGCCCCAGGUGGGCCUGGUUAACCCUGUGCUGGCGUCGCCACCCAUCACAUCCAGUGCCGCAUCCACAGGAACACCAACCAGCACGACUCAGCACCAGCCCGAGGUUAAGAGGGAGGUACAGGAGAAGCAGCAGGAGAAAGACGAAGCUCGUGCAGAUGCUGCGGAGAAAAGGAGCAUGAACGAGCAGGAGCAGAGCAGAAGCAGCGAGAGUAGCCCCUCAGUCACACACUCGGGGUCUACAGUGAUGGUGUUGCGCAACAUGGUGGGCCCAGAAGACAUCGACGAUGACCUGGAGGGGGAGGUAACGGAGGAGUGCGGGAAGUUUGGAGCCGUGAACCGGGUUAUCAUCUACCAAGAACGUCAAGGCGAGGAAGAUGAUGCUGAGAUCAUCGUUAAGAUCUUUGUAGAGUUCUCUGAUAGCGGCGAAAUGAAUAAGGCCAUCCAGGCCCUGAACAACCGGUGGUUUGCGGGUCGCAAGGUCGUGGCUGAGGUCUACGAUCAGGAGCGUUUCAAUAAAAGCGACCUUUCGGCAUAAAACUGACCAACUCUCUGUCCACCUGUUCAAACUCAUUCAGCCUUCAUCUCUGCUGCUCGAGUUUUGGAAUUCUUUUAAACUUGUAAUUAUUUUUUUUAUUGUGGUCAAUAAUAUUGAGGACAAUCCCAUUGGUGGGAUUUGGCUUAGAAAAUAUUUGUGCUUAAUGGAAUUUUUUUUUUUUUUUUUUGGGUCAUCACCUACUGUGAAAGAUUUUCUCUUUUUUUGUUUGUUUGCAAAUUUGUUUUCUGAUUUGUCAGUUUGGUUCCAUUGUUCUCUCACGCUCUGACCCCUAAUCAAUUUUUUUAAACUAAACAAAAACAAACAAAAAAAAACCCACACAUUUUUUUCCAUCACUAAUGUUCUGUUGAAGUUCUAAACAUUGUAUUGGAGUCAUUGGUUCUGAAUUUACCAAACAAUAAAUUCUUCAAAUAUGCCA